CCGGUCGCCGGGAUGGUGCAUUUGUACAACCUGCACCCGUUCGGGUCGCAGCAGGUGGUGCCCUGCAAGCUGGAGCCCGAACGCUUCUGCGGCGGGGGGUCCGACGCGCUGUUCGUGGCGGCGGGCUGCAAGGUGGAGGCGUUCGCGGUGGCCGGCCAGGAGCUGUGCCAGCCGCGGUGCGCCUUCUCCACGCUCGGCCGGGUGCUGCGCCUGGCCUACAGCGAGGCUGGAGACUAUUUGGUAGCAAUUGAAGAGAAAAACCAAGCGACUUUUCUACGCGCUUACGUGAACUGGAGAUGUAAAAGGACCGAAAACUCGCGCGUGUGUAUCCGCAUGGUCGGCCACAACGUGGAGGCACCGUCCCGAGAGAGCUUCCGAGACCAGAUGUCCAUUGUGGAAAUGCCGCUCUCCGAGGCCCCCUUGUGCAUUUCCUGUUGUCCUGUGACAGGGGACCUUCUUGUUGGCUGCACAAAUAAGUUCAUCUUAUUUAGUCUGAAGUACCAAGUCAUCGAUGAACAAUUGUCGGUACUGGACUUUGAACGUUCUUUAAUUAUACACGUACGUAACAUCACUCCUGUUGAAAUUUCUUUCUGUGUUGGAUAUGUGGCUGUCAUGUCAGAAUUAGAAGUCUUGAUCCUAAAACUGGAGUCAACCCCUACAAAUGGAGAGAGAGUUCAGCACCGUCCACGUAAGCCCAGCACCCUGGUGACGCGGGCAGAAGGCGUCAAUAACGAAACUUUGCACGUUGAGUCGGACGAUUUUGUCCUCUGCCCAAAGCCCAUGGAACUGCUCGGCGAGAACAGUGAACAGUCUGGAGUGUCUGUGACGCUGGAGUCGACAGGACUGGAGGAGGGAAAAAUAAGAUAUUUCCAUGUUCAGCAUCUGCUCUAUAGACGUUUUGCCCCCGACGUUUCGUCCUAUGCCUCGUCCGAUGACGUCCAGCUGCAUUCCCUCCAGCUGCUGCCCAUUUACCAGACAGAUUCUCUUACUUCUCAGAGAAAAAAUUUGUCUCAGGAAAAGGAGUUGCUGAGUCUGUUUUGUUUUUUCUCAUUGCCUCAUGUGGGCUAUCUCUACCUGGUGGUCAAGUCGGUGGAAUUAAUGUCGGUGUACCAGUACCCCGAGAAGUCCCAGCAGGCCGUGCUCACGCCACAGUUUUUGCAUGUCAUCACAAGUAACUACCUGCAGUGUUUCACCGUGCGGUGCAGUGCGGCGGCGGCCCGCGAGGAGGACCCCUACGUGGACUCCACCCUGAAGGCUUGCCCACCUGUCAGUAUGGACGUCUGCGUUCUAAGAAUACAGCUUUUCAUAGGCUUGAAAGCCAUCUGCCACUUCAACAGCCACAUCGUACUCCUGGCCAAGGCGGACCCUGACGCGGUUGCAGAGAGAGGAGAGGCGCCCAGGAGGCUUCUUUCUAAAAAAGGCACCAGGGUGAAAUUCAGAACACCUCCCGUAGCUGAGGCCGGAUGGAGCUUGUACGUAGUGAACACGGUCUCCCCGGUGCGGCUGUACAGAGAAAUGGUGGACUACAGCAACACCUACAGCAAGACCCAGAGCUGCAUCCACCUGCUCAGUGAGGCCCACCUGCUGGUGAGGGCUGCCCUGAUGGACGCCAGCCAGCGGGAGCCUGGGGACACAGCGGAACUUGUGGAAGCAUUUAAGGAAAGCUGUGGGCACCUUGGAGACUGCUACAGCAGGCUGGACACCCCGCAUUCCCACCUGGCCCUGCCCUACUACAGGAUGUCUGGUCUGUCCGUGGCUGACGUCCUGGCUCGAGUGGACUGGGCGGCCGGCGGCGGGCCGCAGAAGGGGCUGAUCUUCUAUAUUAGUCAUUCACUUUAUGAAAAUCUGGAUGAAGAAUUAAGUGAGGAGUUAGCGGUCAAGGUGGUUCAGAUGUUCCACGUGGCUGAGCCGAAGCAGGUGCCCCACAUCCUCUGCAGCCCUUCCAUGAAGAAUGUCAACCCUUCCGCUGCCAUGAGCUACCUCCGAAAACUGGACACUUCCGGGCUUUCGUCCGUCUUAGUGACGCUGACCAAGGCAGCGAUGGCUCUGAAGAUGGGAGACCUGGACCUGUACGGGAGUGCGAUGAAGAGCCAUUCAGAGAUGAAGUUAGUAUGUGGUUUUACUCUGGAACCUCGGCUAUUGAUUCAACAGAAGAAGGGACAGAUUGUUCCAACUGAGUUUGCAGUUCACUUGAAGGAGACCCAGCCCGGCUUGCUUGUGGCCUCAGUCCUGGGCUUACAGAAAAACAACAAAAUUGGGAUUGAAGAGGCCGAUUCCUUCUUUAAGGUGCUCUGCGGCAAGGGUGGGGAUGCGGCUCCUCAGCUCCUGGUGGACUUCUGGGAAGCCCAGCUGGCGGCAUGCCUGCCGGAGGUGCUGCUGCAGGAACUCCUGUCCAAGCUCACGUCCCAGUACAUCUGGAGACUGUCGAAGAGGCAGCCCCCUGACACUGCGCCGCUGAGAACAUCGAAGGACCUGAUAAACGCCUGUAGCCAUUAUGGCUUAAUCUAUCCCUGGGUUAAUGUCUUAAUAGCAUCUGCCUCCUUACCUGACAAAAAUUAUACAGAAGAUCUCUCCAAAUUACAGUCUCUUAUAUGUGGUCCUUCAUUUGACAUAGCUUCCAUCAUUCCGUUCCUGGAGCCCCUGUCAGAAGACACUGUCGCUGGCCUGAGCGUCCAGGCUCUGUGCCGGACACGGCUGAAGGAGUAUGAGCAGUGCAUCGACGUGCUGCUGGAGAGGUGCCCCGAGGCGGUCAUCCCGUACGCCAGUCACGAGCUGAAGGGAGAGACCCGGACUUUGUGGUGGAAAAAACUGCUGCCUGAACUCUGUCAGAGGAUAAAGUGUGGUGGAGAGAAGCACCAACUUUACCUGUCGUCGCUGAAAGAAACGCUGUCCGUUGUCGCUGUGGAACUAGACCUGAGGGAUUUCCUGAACGUCCUUCCAGAAGAUGGCACCGUGGCAUUUUUCUUGCCGUAUCUUCUCUACUGCAGCCGGAAGAAAUCCCUGACUUGAAGGCAUCACUUGAAAGUCGGCACAACAGCGUAGGAGAAGGAAUAAUGUUAAAUAAUUGAAUGCCGCGUACAACUGUGACGGAAGGGUUUUCAUAUGGAAUAUGUACAUAUAUUGCAAAUGCUUUCGGGCCUCUUACCUUACCAUGGUAUUUUCUAAUUUAUUACCUGAAUCCACUUAAUUGUCCAGAAUGUGAAAAAGCUACAAGGCAUAAGCAUUUCCUCAAAGAAGGUCCAUAUUUUUAAGGUAGAGACUGGCUUCUAUUUCAGAGAGCAUUGAUUUACUGUUGUUGGAGACAUUACAAUCUUUGUCACCCCAGGAAAACAAAGAACCUUUUUGUAAGUAUGUGUGAAAGAACAUCCCUCUAAGUGAUCCAGAAUUUAAUCUUGAUUUUUCCAGUUUUUUUUUUUUAAAUUGGGCCACUUUUUAAAACAAUUUUCUUUGAGAAAGAUCUUAAUGUUUCCCCCCAGUAAACGAUUUCAAACUAUUAUUUUGUUACUUUUAAAAUCCAUGCUGCAUUUCUCUCUGAAGCAAACGAAGUAGAAGCGUACAGGGUCCCUUCCUGGACUGGCCGGGACCUCGUGCUCUGCUGCUGUGUGCUGUGGCUCUUAGCUCGAGUGUACGUGCAAAUAAAGGGCUA